AUGUCUGAAGUUGAAAAAAUGUACAUUUCGUACAACAACAUCCAUCAAUUAUGUCAAGAAAUUGCUCCAAAAAUCAAAGACUUUAAACCAGAUUUAAUCAUUGCUAUUGGUGGUGGUGGUUUUAUUCCUGCUAGAAUGUUAAGAACUUUCUUAAAAGAACCAGGUCAACCAAAUGUUAGAAUCAUGGCUAUUAUCUUGUCCCUUUAUGAAGAAGUCGAAAAUGCUGAUGGUAUUGAAAAACCAGGUACUCAAGUUGUUCGUACUCAAUGGAUUGAUUAUCACCAAUCUAAAAUUGACUUGGUUGGUAAAAACGUUUUAAUUAUUGAUGAAGUUGAUGACACUAGAACUACUUUGCACUAUGCUGUAAGUGAAUUGAAAAAAGAUGUUGCUGAACAAGCUAAAGCAAAAGGUGCUGAUCCAAAAGACACCAAAUUUGGUAUUUUCGUUUUACACGAUAAACAAAAGCAAAAGAAAGCUGAUUUACCUGAUGAAAUCAUGAAGACUGGUAACUAUUUUGCUGCUCGUACUGUUCCAGACUCCUGGAUUGCUUACCCAUGGGAAUCUACCGAUAUUGUCUACCACCAAAAGAUGGCUGAAAAACAAGGUAAUGAUGUUUUCCUUCCUUCAACCACUCAAGAAUAG